CAAACCCCUCCAAUCUCCACCACUUCACCUUUCUCUCCCUCCUCCCUCCUCUAUACUAUCAUCAACACAAAAACGCUGCCAAAGCCAAAACCCGCUUGUCGUCUCCGCUCUCCAUAGUGCCGAAAGAGAGAGAGAGAGAGCGAAUCGAACCGGAUUCAAUGGAGAGGUCGCCCCAAGAAUCCCCUCUGACGACGACGACGACGACGGCGACGACGGCGAACCCUAACUUGGCGAACACGUACACCUUCGACUCCCCUCACCCGGUGUACGCCAUGGCCUUCUCCUCCCUCCCGGCCCCCUCCCCCCCGCGCCUCGCCCUGGGCUCCUUCAUCGAGGACUACGCCAACCGCGUCGACGUCGUCACCUUCGACGAGGACGCCCGCGCCUUCCGCCCCGACCCCUCCCUCUCCUUCGACCACCCCUAUCCCCCCACCAAGCUCAUGUUCCACCCCAAGCCCCUCCCCAACUCCUCCUCCUCUCUCCUCGCCUCCUCCGGCGAGUUCCUUCGCCUCUGGCAGCUCGAUCACCACGCCGACUCCUCGCCCAAGGCCGAGCUUCGCGCCAUCCUCAACAACAGCAAGUCCAGCGAGUUCUGCGCCCCACUCACCUCCUUCGAUUGGAACGAUGCCGAGCCCCGCCGCAUCGGCACCUCCUCGAUCGACACCACCUGCACCGUCUGGGACAUCGAGCGCGGCGCCAUCGAGACCCAGCUCAUCGCCCACGACAAGGAGGUCUACGACAUCGCCUGGGGCGACGCCGGCGUCUUCGCCUCCGUCUCCGCCGACGGCUCCGUCCGCAUCUUCGACCUCCGCGACAAGGAGCACUCCACCAUCGUCUACGAGAACCCCCGCCCGGACACCCCGCUCCUCCGUCUCGCCUGGAACAAGACUGACCUCCGCUACAUGGCCACCAUCCUCAUGGACAGCAACCGCGUCGUCAUCGUCGACAUCCGCUCCCCGGCGGUGCCCGUCGCCGAGCUGCAGCGCCACCGUGCAAGCGUCAAUGCGGUUGCCUGGGCGCCGCAGGCUGCCAGGCACAUCUGCUCCGCUGGGGACGACGGCCAAGCGCUCAUAUGGGAGGUGCCGGCCGCCGGGGCCGCGGUGCCGCCGGACGGGAUCGAUCCGGCGCUGGUUUACUCGGCGGGAGCAGAGAUCAACCAGCUGCAGUGGUCCGCCGCGCACCCGGACUGGAUUGGGAUCGCAUUCGCCAACAAGGUGCAGCUGCUGAGAGUCUGAGGACUUCUGACGAGGUGUUUGGUAUGGCAUAGAUGGUUUAGAGAAUGUUUGCUUGUCAAUGGGGAACAAAGUGGAAUCCUAUUGUGACAUUCUGUAGAUUUUCAAGCCCAGUGGAUCGAGGCUUUGUGGUGAUUGCAAGAUUGUUGGAAAAAAAGGUUUGAGGUUGGGAAAAUGACAUGCUCAUGUUGAUAAUAAAUUCUUAGAUCAGAACUUGCAAAACCGCUCAUUUUACGGAGCUUGUUAAACACCUUGUUUUGUAGAAUUCAAGUUGUAGCGUUAUUUUAAAGGUAAGCAGAACAUUAGGGUAUAUCAAGUUUUUUCUAAAACAAUAGAUGUAUGCCGUUUCCAACUCGUGUCCCUGGUUAAUGAAGGAGAUAUAGUAAGAUCAA